AUGAUUAAAGAUUCAAUAAAACUUUUGCAAAAACCUAUUAUAUGGCCUCGUGUUUCGUAUAAAAGAGUUUCACGACAACACCGUGACCAUGAACCACAAAAUAUUGUCAAUGAUUCCGGCAUUCGUCUUACUAUCAUUGAUGUAGAUAAAGAAUAUAACGUAAUUGAAUUUUUAGCUCAAAUGGAUUCACUGCGAUUACUUAUUGAUCAAAUCAGAGAACUUACAAAAGAAAUUAAAGAAAUUCAUAAAAGAAAACUCGAACCUCUGGCUGAUCCUAGACUUGGAGAAAAACUUGAUCAUGAAAUUGCUGUUAUAAAAAGAUUAGCAAGUGAUAUUGCACCAAAACUAAAAGUACUGGAACAAGUGCAUCAAGGUCAACAUGAAAACAAAGGAAGUGCUCAAUGGCGUAUAGCAGAAUUUCAAAUAUUUAAUAUAACUAGGGAGUUUCGUGAUGCUAUGAAUCAAUAUAAUCAAGAAUGUCUGGAUCAUCGAGAACGAUCCGGGCGUUUCGUGACUGAAGGAGAAAUUGAAGGAAUGCUUGAAUCUAAAAACCCAGCUGUAUGGACACAAGGCAUUAUGGUUGAAACAGCACAAGUUAAACAAUCGCUUACUGAUAUUCAAGCACGACAUGGUGAUAUUAUGAAAUUAGAAAAAAGUAUCAGAGAAAUACAUGAUAUGUUUAUUGAUAUGGCUGCAAUGGUUCAGACACAAGGUGAAAUGAUUGAUCGAAUUGAAUAUAAUGCUGCACAAUCAGAAAACUUUGUCGAAAGUGCAUGUAUAGAUACCAGAAAAGCUGUUAAAUUUCAAAGAACAGCUCGACGGAAAAAAAUUCUACUUAUUCUAUGUUUAAUUAUAACGGUCGUUAUUAUUCUCUUUAUACUUGUUAUUUAUUUUGUCGUAACGAAAAAGAAUUCCUCAAACAAUUCUGUAGCAACAAUUACAGCUGCACCUAUUGGACCAGGAUAG